AUACCUAGAACCGGUGCCUCGGGCUAUAUUGGCGGCGACCUUCUUUAUCUCAUUGCCAAGCGGCACCCUGAAUACGGAGUGACAGCGCUCGUCCGGAAUGCCGCCCAGAUUGAACCGAUCAAGCAAGUUUCAGACAAUGGACAAGUCGUUCAAGGCACUCUGGAUGACGAGGACAUUCUUGAAAGAGAGGCCAGUGAAGCGGAUAUCGUCCUGAACUUGGCUUCGUCAAGCCAUGUGAAGAGCGUGCAAGCAAUUCAUCAUGGUCUCCUAAGUAAACUUGACCGUGGCGAAAAGCCCCCGUAUUGGAUUCAAAUGUCGGGUGGCGCUGCAGUAGUUUCCAAUGAGGUAGCAGACCCAAACUGGGAACCGGGCACUGGAAGCGACAUCAUUUGGGAUGAUCUGGAUGACAUUGCCUCAAUAAAAUCCAUCAUCAAAAGCAAUCCCACUCGGGUUGUUGACAACUACAUGAUGUCCGUUGCCCAAAGUUCCAGCUACAUUCAAACAGCAGUGGUCUACCCGCCCGUCAUCUAUGGGUUAGGCCGGGGACCAGUCAAUCAGAGAAGCGUCCAGAUCCCUGAUCUUGUGGAGGCAAGCCUCAAGAGGCGUCGAGCAUUCAGACUUGGCCCUGGUCUAAACCGAUGGGGAAAUAUUCAUAUUCGGGAUCUCAGUGAGAUGAUCCUUCGACUUAUUGAAAAGGCCGUAGAAGGGAAUCAGGAUACUAAUGUGUGGGGCAAAGACGGAAUAUAUCUCACUGGAGUCGGAGAGCUGCUUCUUCCUGAUACAUCAAUUGAAGUUCUGGAAGGGGAUCAGUUUAACCAACUUCUAAGCCAUCACGCGGGUUUCCCUGGUAUAGUUUUGUACGGAACUAACUCCCGAGGGGGCCCAAACAGAGCCCGGAAAUAUCUAGAUUGGGUUCCAACACAUCAUAGCUUAGCACAAGACAUUGUUGAAAGCGUGACCCGAGAGGGUGUACGACUGGGACUGGUCGAAGCAGACUCUUAG